GGAGGCCGUCCGCACCCUCUGCGGGAGCGCCGGCACCGCGCUCAAGCGGUCCCAGUGCCAGCGCGCGCGCAUCGGCCUCUCCCUCUGCCUCGAGUCGCAUCAGGAGCCCUGAGGGCAAUGGAGCCUACGCUGGCUCAACACUGUCCUCCAAGAUUAGCCUUGUCCCCGGUGCGACGGCCGACGGGGGAGGAAGAAGCAGCAGCUCCAUGCACCGGCUUCCUCUGGCCUCACGGCCACCGGGUCCGCAUCGCGCGGCGGCCGCCGCUCAUCGCGCUCCCCAGAGGACGACGACGGCGUGCUGCGGCCGCCUGAAGCAGGAGGCGACGCCGUCAUUUGCCUCUCUCGCCGUCGCUGCGUCUGCGGCAGCAGAGCGCGCGGCCACGCCGCUGUUGGCCGCGGCGGCGCUCCUCCUUUCUGCCGCAUCUCCUGGCUUCCUAGCUUCCACACCAUCAGCUUUUGCUCAAUCCGAAGGCGCAGCGCUGUUCCGGAAGGCGUGCAUCGGCUGCCAUGAUAUGGGAGGAAAUAUCCUACAGCCGGGCGCCACUCUGUACAUGAAGGAUCUUGAGAGAAAUGGAGUUGCCACGGAGGACGAGCUAUACAAUAUAACGUACUACGGGAAGGGAAGAAUGCCGGGCUUCGGAGAAAAAUGCACCCCGAGAGGGCAGUGCACUUUCGGACCUCGGCUGGUCGAAGAUGAUAUCAAGCUACUGGCCGCGUUUGUCAAGUCGCAGGCUGAAAAUGGCUGGCCUAAGAUCGACGGCGAUGGAGAUUAGUUCACCGACACAACAGAGACAAGUGGCAAACAUUGUUCAGUGAACCAGUGUAUAGUUUGGAGUCAGGUGUGCUGUUUGCAUCUGUAAAAUCCCAACGAAAUCCAUACAAAUAAAAAGUAGCUUAGGCCGUGUUUAGAUUUCAACUUUUUUUUCAAACUUCCAACUUUUUCGUCACAUCAAAUGUUUGGACACAUUUAUGGAGCAUCAAAUGUGGACGAAAAAAACCCAAUUGCACAA